GUUGUCUGCUACACAACGGUGUACAGGUAAAGAUCUAAGCAAGCCGCUCAGGUACAGAGAAAAUGAAUGUCAUUAAGUGGGAUCCAAAGAAAACCCUGCAGCUUUUCAUAGCGGCUAUUGCCGUUAUUUGUCUCUUGUAUAUUGUCAUACCUGGCAAAUCAAGAAAACACCAGCUGGUAAAGCCAAAGUAUAAAGUCCGACAUAAACUCUCCUACUGGCAUGAGCAAAUACUUAAAAAUGACACACUGUUUAGGUUAGUAACUGACCAAGAGUUUCUUCAUCCAAAAUCACAAGAUGCUUUCAAGAAAUACUUCAGACCUUCAAAGUAUGUUGAUGACAACAGAGGGAAAUUUAAAGCUAUUGCAUUGAAGGAUUUUAACAUCAACGAGGAUGUGAUCGUAUAUCUGCACAUACAGAAAGUUGGAGGGACGGUGUUUAAUGGUCAUCUUAUCAAUGAUCUGGACAAAGGCUUUGACUGUCACUGUACAAAACAUGUCGUUAUGAACCCUUGUCACUGCAAGAACAAAGCUGGCAACAUAUGGCUUUUUAGCUGGUUCACGGUUGGAUGGCCGUGUGGGCUGCAUGCAGAUUGGACGAUGAUGCACGAGUGUGUUGACAAGGAGAUGAACAAGCUAGAGGGGAUUAAGAGACACAGGAGAUACUUUUACAUAGCCUUACUCCGUGACCCGAUUUCUCGCUAUCUGAGUGAAUGGCAGCACCAGCGUCUUGGUCAGCAUUGGGAAGAAGCCAAACUGAAAUGUGGUGGGCAAAGUGUAGGUAAAUUUGAUGUCUACCCAUGUUUCCAGGAACACUGGAAGGAAUGUACGCUCAACGAAUUCAUGAACUGUCGGGAUAAUCUGGCAACAAACCGACAGACCCGCAUGCUUGCUGAUCUCACACUGAGUGAUUGUUACAAAAGGAGGACACAAUUCACACUGUUGGAAAGGGCAGAGUCAAGGUUGAAAAGUUCCAUGGAUAACAUACAGACUCUUCCGUUUUUUGGUUUGACUGAGCGCCAGACUGAGACGCAGCAUCUGUUUGAAAAGACUUUCGGAUUGAAAUUUAAUAAGAGGUUUGAAUCUCUGAACGAUAAUGAAGAGGAAGAUAUGAUUUCUGAAGAUGAGUUUGUUAAUAUAAUGAAGUUUAUUGAACUUGAUAUGCAGCUGUAUUUGUUUGCUGGUGAGUUAUUUAAGGAAAGGUUGCGUCAAUCAAUUUAGUGGGCACAUUUUUACCAUUUUCUUCUAAUUGCACAACGCUUGUAUGUAUGAUUUCAACAUAAAAAUAGUUGCGUAGUAUUAUUGAAGUAUUAUUUUGUCUGAAGUCUAAAAUACUUUGGUUGUCUUAGCAGUAAUCACCUAUUAUAACAUUUACUGUAAUGAUGAAAAUCAGUGUGUUUCUUUUUUGGCCAAUGUUUUUUUUUUAAAUUCACAUCUUCUGUUUAAAAAAAGGUCGACCCCAAAUCCGUCUUGUUAUGGAAGAACUGGUAUACUAGGAAAGAAACAACUUUGUCACAUUUUUUUUAUCUUAGUGUAACUAUUCUUGUUCAUUUUCUUCCUAAUUUUACGCGAAAUGAGGUAUUUUACACAACCAGAAAGGCCCUGAUUCCAUUCUCAAAUUUUUGGAAUAAACACACUGAAAAUACUUCAAAAACACUACUGUUAACCAUUUGAUGUAUUUGAAUCAAAUCUGAAAAAUAAGCUGAUACUUUUGUGAAGUUUUUAACUUAAGAAAAUUGAAACGUAAAAAAUGAAACAUCUUUGAAAUAUCUUUUCCGGAUUUUUGAGGAAAUAUUCCGCAAAUUACAACCACGCUUACAAUAAACAAAGUACUGUCAAGCAUGCUUAUAAUGUUAAUGAAAAUGGCAACUUAUUACAUACUGUGCCUAGCAAAACCUAUUAAAAUUUUAUUUCAAUCCUGUAACAGGUUGUUACAAAGAAAGUGUUUAUUUAUAUUUUUGUGCAUUUAUAUGUUAAAAAUGAAGUGAAUUUUUUUGUCAGUUAUCUGUUGUUCAAUGGCUUCUUUGUUUUCACAGUAACUUUUUCUGCUGGUAUACAUCUAGUUGCAACACGUUACAAUGAUGCAGAAUUCAAAACUAUCAUUAUCUAGUCGUAUUUUCUUACAUCUCGUGUUGUUUUCCAAUUACUGAACACACAUGGAUCAUAGUUUAUAAUUUUGUAUGUACACAUUCAAUUUUAAACAUUGUUUUCUCGUUUGAUUACAGGUAUAUGUUGCUUCACUGGUCCUGUGUGAAAAUGUAAAAUGAAAUUGAAUAAUAAAUAUGCAAUCAUGCAACUAUAUUUUGAGGUUGUCUAUUUAAUGUAUUUUACUUUCUCAAAUUACAUUCCAUUUGUAUUAUUUCUCAUUUAUGCAUUCCCUAUAAACAAGUAAAAUAUAUUGGUAAAUUAAAUGUUCUACAUAUUUACAUGUUGAAUUUGAAUUGUUGUUUUACAUGUACCACUGUAUACCAUUGUUAUUUUCUUCAUCUAUGUGAGAAAAUUAAGGAGUUUACGUCAUGACAUAAUGGAGAACAACUUACGUAUUAGCAGUUUCAGUUUAGUUUCAGUUUAUUGGUUAUGUCAGCAAAUUGUUCAUUGGUAAUAUCAGCAAAUUGUUUAUUGGUAAUAUCUGCAAAUUGUUAUUGGUAAUAUCAGCAAAUUGUUUAUUGGAAAUAUCAGCAAAUUGUUUAUUGGUUCUAUCAGCAAAUUAUUUCUUGGUAACAUCAGCAAAUUGUUUAUUGGUAAUAACAGCAAAUUGUUCAUUGGUAAUAUCAGCAAAUUGUUCAAUGGUAAUAUCAGCAAAUUGUUUAUUGGUAAUAUCAGCAAAUUGUUUAUUGGUAAUAUCUGCAAAUUGUUUAUUGGAAAUAUCAGCAAAUUGUUUAUUGGUUCUAUCAGCAAAUUGUUUAUUGGUAAAUACAGCAAACUGUUUAUUGGUAAUAACAGCAAAUUGUUCAUUGUAAAUAUCAGCAAAUUGUUUAUUGGUAAUAACAGCAAAUUGUUCAUUGUAAAUAUCAGCAAAUUGUUUAUUGGUAAUAUCAGUAAAUUGUUUAUUGGUAAUAUCAGUAAAUUGUUUAUUGGUAAUAUCAGCAAAUUGUUUAUUGGUAAUAUCAGCAAAUUGUUAUUGGUAAUAUCAGCAAACUGUUUAUUGGUAAUAUCAGCAAAUUGUUUAUUGGUAAUAUCAGCAAACUGUUUAUUGGUAAUAUUAGCAAACUGUUUAUUGGUAAUAGCAGCAAAUUGUUUAUUGGUAAUAUCAGCGAAUUGUUUAUUGGUAAUAUCAGUAAAUUGUUUAUUGGUAAUAUCAGCAAAUUGUUUAUUGGUAAUAUCAGCAAAUUGUUUAUUGCUUAUGUCAGCAAAUUGUUUAUUUGUAAUAUCAGUAAAUUGUUUAUUGGUAAUAUCAGCAAAUUGUUUAUUGGUUAUGUCAGCAAAUUGUUAUUGGUAAUAUCAGCAAAUUGUUCAUUGUAAAUAUCAGCAAAUUGUUAAUUGGUAAUAUCAGUAAAUUGUUUAUUGGUAAUAUCAGUAAAUUGUUUAUUGGUAAUAUCAGCAAAUUGUUUAUUGGUAAUAUCAGCAAAUUGUUUAUUGGUAAUAUCAGCAAAUUGUUAUUGGUAAUAUCAGCAAACUGUUUAUUGGUAAUAUCAGCAAACUGUUUAUUGGUAAUAUCAGCAAACUGUUUAUUGGUAAUAUCAGCAAACUGUUUAUUGGUAAUAGCAGCAAAUUGUUUAUUGGUAAUAUCAGCGAAUUGUUUAUUGGUAAUAUCAGUAAAUUGUUUAUUGGUAAUAUCAGCAAAUUGUUUAUUGGUAAUAUCAGCAAAUUGUUUAUUGCUUAUGUCAGCAAAUUGUUUAUUUGUAAUAUCAGUAAAUUGUUUAUUGGUAAUAUCAGCAAAUUGUUUAUUGGUUAUGUCAGCAAAUUGUUAUUGGUAAUAUCAGCGAAUUGUUCAUUCGUAAUAUCAGCAAAUUGUUUAUUGGUAAUGUCAGCAAAUUGUUUAUUGGUUAUGUAAGCAAAUUGUUCAUUGGUAAUAUCAGCAAAUUGUUCAUUGGUAAAAUCAGCAAAUUGUUGAUUGGUUAUAUCAGCUAAUUGUUAUUGGUAAUAUCAGCAAAUUGUUUAUUGGUAAUAUCAGCAAAUUGUUAUUGGUGAUAUCAGCAAAUUGUUUAUUGGUAAUAUCAGCAAAUUGUUAUUGGUGAUAUCAGCAAAUUGUUUAUUGGUAAUAUCAGCAAAUUGUUUAUUGGUAAUAUCAGCAAAUUGUUUAUUGGUUAUAUCAGCAAAUUGUUCAUUGGUAAUAACAGCAAAUUGUUUAUUGGUUAUGUCAGCAAAUUGUUUAUUGUUAAAUAUCAGUAAAUUGUUCAUUGGUAAUAACAGCAAACUGUUUAUUGGUUAUGUCAGCAAAUUGUUUAUUGCUUAUAUCAGCAAAUACAUGUCAUUAGAUAUUAAUGAACUUGGUCCAUGCUGUAAAUACCAAUAGUGUACAUAAACAAUGUAAACUGAUGCUGGCUUCUUCGGCCGUUGUUAACAUUAACGUACGCAUAUACAUGUAAAAGUGCUUUCAAAAUACUUCUUAUGUGAACAAAAUACAUUGUAUAUGACAAUAUUUUUUUAUGAAAUAUUAUAUUUUGAUAUUAAAGAUAAUUAUUUUACUAGGUUUCUACAAACUACAUGUAAUUAAAGUGAAAUAAACAUUAUACGGUGA